UGACGUUCUUGGUAGAAGCCCCCACAUGCCACAUGGCGCUAGAAAUUCCCGACAAGCAACUAUCAAAUGCUAUGCUACCUCGUCUAAGCACGCGUACCGUUCUUCAUUCCGAGCUUACUAUUAGCCUGUCAACCUGUACGACCGAAACACACGAAAUGCCUCUUGGAGCCACUAGAGGAGAUCGAUACCAGGGUCCCGGCUUCGGACGUACACGAAUCCUACGCUCUAUUCGCUAGGCGAAUUAUCCUAUAGGACGUCGGCUACGUGCUGUCAUUGCAUAAUGACGAAACCUGGGCUUAGCGGGUCCCGAGACCGCGGACUGGGAGACGAGCAUGCGAGGUACAAACGAACGCGUGGGGGAGACGAUGGGGGCGAAAGAGGUGGGAAACGUCUCAGGAGAGAAUAUGAUGGUGAUGAAUAUGAUCGCGAAGAGCGUGGAUCGAGAAGGAGAUCUGUAUCGUCGCCGGACGAGGCGCGAGAGACGAGGCGUCGGAGCCGCGACAGGUAUCAGCAUCGACAUUUCGAAGACGACCACACAUCACAAUUGAAAUCCAAAUCGACCAAUUCGUCACAUAGAGAAAGAAGAGAGCCAAGCCAUCCAAAUCGCGCUGCUGAACAUUCACCUUCGACGUCCUCGACCCGACACCAUCACCACUCCCACCAUCACCAUCAUCAUCACCGACACCGUCACCCUUCGAAGAACCCCAGCCACACCCCAAACGAACUGCCUUUCGGCGCACGACCUCUAGUCCGCUCCGAUCUCGACGCGUUUAAACCGCUUUUCGCACAAUACAUCGAAGUACAAAAGAACAAAGAUGCCGCAGCGAUGGACGAACGCGAGAUCAGAGGUCGCUGGAAGAGCUUCAUCGGCAAGUGGAACCGCGGCGAACUAGCCGAGGGUUGGUACCGUGCCGAGACGCUCGACUCGGCCAGGGAGGACGGUUUCGGCGCUGCUAUACAAACACAUACCACAACAGAGCAGGAAAAGCGCGGUAUCAAUAUCGACAAGUCCCCAUCUCCAGCAGCCUCGUUGUGCGGACAGAGUCCAAGUCACACACGCGAAGACCACUCCGACAACUCCGAGUCCGAGUCCGACUCCUACGGACCUACCCUCCCCCAAUCCUCCUCUACCGCCACAACCACAAAACACGGCCCCGACGUCCCAAGCCUACAAGACCUCUCCCUGCGCCGCGAAACCGCCGCAGAGGAACAGCAGCAACGCAUAGCGGAUCUCCGGGCCGAACGCAAGCACGACCGGAAACAGCAGCGGGAAAGACUCGAGGAGCUCGCGCCUCGCGCGGAACCGGGGACGCGGGAGCGGAAGCUGGAGAAGAAGCGCGAGGUCGGGGAUAAGAUGCGCGGGUUCCGGGAGCGGUCUCCCGGGGGGGAAGUAGGUGAGGCGGAGCUGAUGGGGGGAGGGGACGGGGUUGCGGAAUAUAAGAGGAUGAGGAAGGAGGGGGAGAGACGGAGGACGGAGCGAGAGGUUAGGAGGGAGGAGGAGGAGAGGGCUAGGGAGGCGGAGAGGGAGGAGCGGAGAAGGGUUUGGAGGGUUAGGGAGGAAGGGGUGCUGGAGGGGUUGAGGAGGAUUGCUAGGGAGAGGUUUGGGUAG